AUGGCCUCCAUUGUUCUUUUGUUAAUUGGCUCUCUCAUCUUGACCCCAAAGUCUUGUUCUUCUAAACCCAUCUCCCAACAAAAACCAUUAGAUUCUGAUCAUAUUGAAUUUGCUCUUAAUUUAGAAUAUUUAGAGGCUGAAUUCUUUUUAUAUGGGUCAUCAGGUCAUGGGCUGGAUGUAGUUGCUCCAAAGGCUAUUAAGAGCGCAGUGAAAGGAUUCCCUAGGCCUUUGUUAGAUCUAAGCAAAUCAUCAUUUGCCAAGGUGAUGGAUAGUGCCUUUGGUCGACCUUUGGUGCCUCCCUUUGAUCCUUAUGCCAAUGAUAUCAAUUUUCUUCUUGCAUCUUAUGUAAUUCCUUAUGUUGGUCUUACUGGCUAUGUUGGUGCCAAUCCACUCUUGCAAAAUGCUACUUCAAGGAGGCUUGUUGGAGGCCUUUUGGGAGUAGAAUCGGGCCAAGAUGCAGUUAUAAGAACAUUGCUAUACCAAGCGGACAAUCAAAAAUUACUAGUAAAACCUUAUGACGUGAGUGUCGCAGAGUUCACCAAUCGCAUUUCAACACUUAGGAAUAAAUUAGGACAUGGUGGUUUGAAAGAUGAGGGUCUUGUGGUCUCUAAAAAACAAGGUUCUGAGGGUAGCGUCUCAGGAAAUAUCCUUGCAGGAGAUAAAUACUCGUUGUCAUAUCCAAGAACACCACAAGAAAUAUUGAGGAUUGUGUAUGGAAGUGGCAAUGAAUCUGUCCCUGGUGGCUUCUAUCCUCAUGGAGGAAAAGGUCAUAUAGCAACAUCUUACUUAAAAAGUUAAUUAAGACUAUUGAGA